ACCAACUUCCCUUUAUAUCGACAGUCUGGCAUACGUAGCGCAGUGGAGUGAAAAUGGUUUAUUGAUGUUUAUUUUUAGCACCAAGGACUGCGAUCAUGUGAUUUAAUCCACAUGGUCUAUACAUUAUGUAGCUGUGUAAGUUUAACACUGGAGCAUUUGACAAUGGUUUCUUUGACAGGAAAUAAAGUCGCUGCUUUUUUCACAAUAUUUUUCAUCACAUUCAUCUUCGGGCUGAUACCUCCCCUAGUCGUGAGGUGUUUGAAGGGAGGUUCCAUAAGAUGGAGAAUUCAGAAUAUCAUCAGUCACCUGAACUGUUUCGCCGGCGGUGUGUUUUUCGCAACUGCAAUGUUACAUCUGCUGGCAGAGUCUGAGGAAGACAUGAGAGAAGCCUUGGAUGGUAGGGGUGAGAACGGCACAACAAUACAUUACCCUAUUCAUGAAUUAACCGUAAGUUGUGGAUUCUUUAUCAUUCUUAUCAUGGAGGUUGUACUCUUGAGAAUUAUGCAUGGAGUUGGUCAUGGCCCGGGGGUAAACAAUGACUGCUCUCGCGAUGGUUACAGACCAAUUCCAGAGAAUGACAAAUUGAUUCCUGAACCUAAUAGGGAAACUGUAGAGGAUCAUCUCUCUGCUUCCGGCGUACACGAUGACGUCAGAGAGGCUAUUCAGGUGGCCCCGUCUCCGCUUCGGGCUUCUCUCUUUGUCCUGGCCCUGUCUCUACACAUGAUUUUUGAAGGCUUGGCUGUAGGACUUCAACAAACUGAAUUAACUGUUUGGUCUCUGGUACUGGCCAUAUCUCUUCACAAGUGUGUUGUGUCUUUUAGUGUCGGAAUGGAAAUGCAUCAGAUUUUGGGAACCGGAUGUAAAAUGACCGCCUUUCUUCUUGUGUUUGCGAUACUGUCGUCUGCUGGCGUCCUUAUAGGCAUGGCAGUCACACAGGACGGUACCAGUCAGUCGCUGACUAUUGGAAUCUUGCAGAGUAUAGCCACGGGGACGUUUUUCUAUGUGACGUUCUUUGAGAUUCUACAUCGAGAAUUUUCCCAUUGUCACAGCAUCACCAAACUUCUCGUCUGUUUAAGUGGGUAUGCUGUCGUAGCAGGACUAAAAACAUUAGAACAGGACUGAAUCUUAGUCUUUAUUUAAUGUAGUGAAUCUUCAAGGAUGUGUCUAAUGACAAUGGUAUACCAUAUGAGUAUUAUCCAACUGCCAUCUGUGUAGUCCCCCCACUUCCCAAAGUCCCCAAAGUUUGACUAUUUUAACAAAUUUUAAUAGUAUAAAGAUUUAUGUUGACAAUUCUAAGUUAUUCAUUGAAUGACUGCUUGGUUCAGUUUAUAUUAAA